GACUCCUGUAGCUGCGUUCAGAGCUGCUGCUGCUGCUGCUGCUGCUGGACCAGCAAAAACAGCUUUGAACCGGUUUUCUUUCGCGAGCUCCAAAGCAGAAAGAAACGGAUGCAUGAUGCGCAUUGUUGAAGCGGAGCGCUAUCUUGACACACACGGCUGUGAGAGAUCUCCGCUCGGCGACCAUCUGCGUAUACGGCGCCGUGUCGUUUGUGUCAUUUGUAGUGAUUUUUUGUAAGAAGGGAUUUUAAUAAGGAAACCCCUCCUACAUGGAAAGUUCCCGUAGAGCGCGCAGCUCUGCAGGGUCCUGCUGCUGUUUUUAUAGAUGCUGAGGAAACCCCUUCUCUGUCAAAGCUGUAGCGGAUCCCAGAGGGCAGCAGUAGCAUCAGCACCAUGGCUCCAUCUACCGAGGUGCUGGACGGCGGCUGGGGAUGGGUGAUUGUUGUGGCCUCCUUCAUGGCCCAGCUCCUGGCCUAUGGAUCACCCCAGUCGGUGGGCGUGCUGUACCCUGAGUGGCUGCAUGCCUUCCAGGAGGGCAAAGGCAUGACGGCCUGGGUGGGCUCCCUUGUGGCUGGAGUGGGACUGAUAGCCAGUCCUAUCUGCAGUGCCUGUGUGGACAACUUUGGGGCUCGUCCUGUGACAAUCUUCAGUGGCAUAAUGGUGGCGGGUGGCCUGAUGCUCAGUGCCUUUGCUCCAAAUGUCCAGUUCCUCAUGUUUUCCUAUGGGAUCGUGGUUGGCCUGGGUUGUGGUCUAGUCUACGCAGCCACGUUAACAAUCACCUGUCAGUAUUUUGACAAGAGACGUGGCCUUGCCCUCGGCAUUGUCACCACAGGCACAAGUGUUGGAGCGUUCAUCUAUGCCACCGCUCAGAACGAGCUGAUCGUAUUGUUCGGCCUGGAUGGCUGCCUGCUAAUCAUCGGAGCGAUAGCACUGAACCUCAUGGCCUGCGCAGGUUUCAUGAGGCCCCUUAACAUGCCGGGGUACUACCUCAAACAGAAGGCCGCCCUGGAGCGCAACACAGAGGAGCAGCUUUUCGAGAAGCCUCCGUUGGAUGACCUGAAGAUCACAGCAGGUUCCACCUCAACCACUGCAGAGAAAACUCUGACGGUGAAGGAGUUGCUCAUCACCAUUGAUGCCAAAGACAAGGCCGUUCAGACAGAGAAGAAGAAAGGGGGCUUCCUGGAUGGGUUGACCAUCAUGAAAGUCAUCAAGACUAAGCAGCAGGCUUACUGCAAGUACAUGCACUCCAUGUACGAGAUCCUUCAGGACCAAGCCAUGGUGACCUUCUGUAUUGCUAUCUUCCUGUUCAGCCUUGGGGCGUUCCCUCCUGUGCUCUUUAUAGAGGAUGUGGCGCAGACUGAAGGACUCAUUGAAGAAGUUAGUGUCAUCCCUCUGGUAUCAAUCAGUGCCAUUGCCUCUUGUGUGGGUAAACUAGUGCUGGGUAUGCUGGUGGACAUCAAGUGGAUUAACGGCAUCCAUCUGUAUGCCUUCACGAUGUUUGCUGCAGGUGUGGCACUGCUCCUUAUCCCGAGCACUAAAACGUAUCUGGGACUGCAGAUCCUGUCUGUCGUCUUGGGUUUCUUCUCUGGAAACUGGUCUCUCACCUCCUACAUCACCACUACGAUUGUCGGCUUGGACAGACUGACACAAGCCCACGGCAUCCUCAUGUUCUUCGGGGGAUUUGGGAUCAUGCUCGGACCCCCGGUUGUCGGGUGGUUCUUUGACUGGACACAGUCAUAUGACUUGGCUUUCUACUUUAGUGGGGGCUGUGUGGAGUUGGGAGCAUUCAUUCUCUUUCUGCUCAACCUUCCCUGCUGGAACAGGAAGCACUCGCAGAACGAGAGACCAGAUGUCCACUACACCAGCAACUGUGACAAAGUUGCCUCUGUAGCCUGAAUAUAAGCAACGUUCAGAAGGACUCCAAUCGUUCCCCUACCUCCCAGCAACUGUCCUCUUAUAGACUACAUACAAACCUUCUGGGAGGAAUUUUCUUUCUUUGACUUUACAGGAAUGUUCUCCUCACUUUUGCUGCCAGGUUCUAAUAUACCAAAAUACUUGCCAGAGGUUUUGAAAUACAGGCCUUUUCCCUCUGUACUUUGCCUGCAUUUCUCUGGUUCAAACCAUAUACUGCAGAUCGUUUUAAAGGUUUGUCUCUUAUGCCUGUGUUGAUUUUUAUUAUAUAUUAUUGCCUCAUUUUACGAGGUCAACUGAACAAUAUUGUUCAACUCCCAAAUUCAAUAUUGUGUUCAUGUAAACACAGGUUUUCACUUUUACUGUAGCUCUGAAAAAACGUUUAUAAUACCUGGGAGAAAAACGUUGAGUGUUAAUUUAACAUAACAAAAUUAGAAACCACUCUGCAAAUGCACAAUUAUCUCCCAGGAAUCUUACUGGAACGGGGGAGGGAGCGCUUUUUGAUAACUGUUAUUAUAGCAACACAUUUCUAUUUGGUAUUUUGUUUUUUUAUGUAUAUCUUAAUUACACUAUGAUUUAUCUUUCCAAAGCAUAAAUGAUAGUCAAUGCCUGUCAGCACAUAAUGCCUGUUGGAACAAUACAAAAGCCUUGCUUUAUAGAUAAUUUUUGAGUUCCACAAACCUCCUGUUUCUACAUCAGACGGAGACCUUUUGAAUAAGUUAUGCUGAUUCAAAAAGAUGUAAAAAUACUGAAGAGAUCCUACUAUAUUGUUAACCUUAACAGCAUGUUGAUUCUCUUUGUGGCAUGAUCAUCAUGACCUCUGCUGGCAUUGCUUUGACUUUACCAUUAAUGUUGUGUGUGGUAUAUAUUUAUGUUUACGUUGUGUGUGUAUUUUGUCUGCACACACAUGUUCGCAUACGUGCACAGGCUUGAGUGUAUGCAUUGUUUGAUACACUUUUGUGUUAGCACUAGUUUUGUAAAAUCCUAUGUACACAACCGGCCAUGGAGCUGUCUAAACUGUUUUUGUUUGAGUUGUAAGUUGAUUAUUGUGAUCAUAAUGGUAAUCAAUACAUUGCAAUAGGCUUUUAGUAUCACUUGAAUGUUGUUAAAUGCACCACAACAAAUGUAUUUUUGAUAGUUUCAGGCAUCAGGGUAAAUCUCGGACAAUAGAGUGUGCUUAUUGUAUUUGUAGAAGUAUUCACAUGGUGCAGAUGAGGUACAAUUAGUACUGACCUAGAAGAGACAUAUGUUUGUCUGUCACCUCUUAGCCAUUCUUAUUUUGUAUGCCAGUAUUACAAUAUGUAUGUAUGUAUGUUGUUGUUUUACUAUCAGUUUAUUUAAAAAGUGCCAAUAAAAGAUAUUUGGAUUAAUGACA